ACGUGCAACAACUUGUAUAAAUUUAUUCGAGGACAGAUACAUCAAGCGCACGUUUUACAUGUACCUGGGCCAAGAGACGAGCAGAAAUAAUGAAGGACCUACUUACGGCACUUCUCAGCUUGUGGCAAAUCUUGUCUGUCUCCUGUCAGUCAAUCACAGCACCAGGUGAUGUCGUGGCCGGUCGUCCGUUUACCCUGGAAUGUAAGAUAACCAGACCGGCAGGUGACAGGAAUAGUAUGGUCUGGUUUAGUAGCUAUAAUCAGACGAUAUACCGAAUAUACUCAAGCCGUGAGUGUACACCGUCAAUACCACUAUUACCAUCACCAUCAUCGCCAGCUGGGUUAUCAGGCAGUUGUCAGAACAUCAACGGUGAGGAGGUUUACACAUUGACAAUAGAGAACGUCACAGAAGACACGGGCCAGGUCAGAUGGUUAUGUCAGUAUGCAGGCGGGAAUGUCAUUGUUACUCUGGAUGUUCAAGUAAAGGUAACCCAGGUUACUCUGACGAACUCUCCAGGUGUAGUGUUAGCCGGUGAUCCCACCAACUUAACCUGUGUGUCAUCGCCCAGUAAACCCCAGGCUUGCAUAAGGGCAUACAUACGGAGAUGCGAUAAUGUCCGGGAGUUAGACCCGCAUAACUGUAACGAGGAUACCAGCUCGGUACAGACUACAAUCCGGACAGUGACGUUUACAGCUAGCGCCGAGGAGAACGGAGCCGAGCUAUACUGUAACGCCUCCAACAAUGUAACGGAUCCUCCCGUACGCUCACAAGUCUACACACUCAAUGUAUACUAUUCACCGCCAGUUUGUGGACAGAAAAAUGUCCUUGAAGCCGGAGUCAGUAAAGGUGGUAUGCUUGCCAUAGGCGUUGUUAUUGGUAUUGCAGUCGUCACUAUCAUUGAUCUUUCCAUGAUUUGCUGGCGGCGUCGAAAACCACAAUCAGCAGAAAACAAUGAGCACAGGUUUGACCAGGAGAAUACAGAACAAGUCAUGAGGGUUGUUGAAGACAGGACAUUGGAAGAUAGAGGUGUUGCCGACACGGCUGGCCUCGAAAAAUUUCCACGCGGUCACUAUGAAGAUCUGGACACCAGACCAAGUUCAGGUCCACAUUACGAGGGGCUCACAGGAACAACAUCGCCAUCCACAUCUCGUGAGAACAGAGUGUACGAGAAUGCCACUGUGUUCUGA